UACGAUUAUGAACUUUUGCAAAGUGAAUAUGCACAUAUUUUAGAUCCUGGGAGGAGUGGUGUCAUUUGUCAACCUAAGGCGUUUCUUUCAUUAUGCACUGAAGGGGGUUAACCAGUUUUAACCUUUUUGUUGUUGUUUUUUUAAUCGAAGACCUCUUUCCUCAAAAGCUGAACGAGUACGUUGUUUUCGUCCAUUUCCCGGUGAGUCAGUUCUCAAUGAAAUGAAAUCCAACGGAGAGGUUCCGAGUGAUUUGGAUCUGAGCUUCCUGUCCGCACACGAGGAAGGUGCGAUUCGGCAGGUUUUACAACGCGAUGAAAAACUUAGAAAACAAGAGACGGGACGCGUCAGACGACUGCGGCUGUCCCUCGCCGACCCCGGGCAGCUGAAGAUUAUGACCGGGGAGUGGUUUGACGACCUCCGGUCCCGGCGCCAUGGGCGGCGGGCUGUCGCCACGGACAUCGUGCGGUCCUCGAUCAGAAGGAAGAAGGCUCCAGCACCGCGGAGCAACCCCUUCAGCGACGGGGGAGAGACGGAAUUCAGAGAGGAGGAGAUCGGCGGCCGAGGCGAGCCAGCGGACGCACCCGGAUGCCAACCUGCCUUUCCAAGGAGCUGCCUCCCUGCUCCUGUUAAAGAGGAGGAAGACACAACAGAGGAGAUUGCUCUGGAUAACAAUGGAUUUGUCAACAGAAGUGAAAAACGCAACGUUGUGAAGGAGGAAGUGACUCCAAGACCAGUGGCGUACCUCUCCACAGAGAGGACUGCACCCACAGGUAUCACAGACACCCCUUCUGUGGAUGUACUGGAAUGGACAUAUCCACACUAUAGAGUUGAUAAGCAAAUACCCAGAGGUGAAAAGAGCCUGAAUCCAUUUAUUCCUCAAAGCAAAGAGAGUCCCCCUUGCAGCCAUUGUGCAGCCGUUGAAACUCGGGCUUCGGACCAGAAAACCAGCUUGGAAAACAGGUUGGCUGGUUCCUCGCCAGUUGAAGAUUCGGCUAAUGAACUUCAGUCAUCCUCUCCCCAGACGCCCAGAACUGCUCCUCAGAGUGAACCCGCAGAAGACUCUCCUGUCAAAUAUCUCGAACCCAGUAGAGAGUUGCUCUUUGCCUCAGAUUCACGAGAGGAAGAAGCUGUGGAGGACAGCAAGGCAGACACAUCCAGACAGACAGAGCUGGGAAGCAGAAAUGCUGAGACUGAUCAGAAUGACCCGGAAGCUACCUCAGGACAAAAUGAGCGCUCAGACACAUUUUGGGCUGAAACACCAGAGCGGUCAAAGAAGAGUGAUGGAAAGCCGUUUUGUCAUGUUGAGGUAGAGCAGUGUGAAACUGGGAACCGGGGCCCAGAUGAUCAUGUCUUUCCAGAGGUCUCAGAAGCUCCCCCUGAGUGGCACUACCUCGAUAAGCCAUCUGAAACCCAGACCACACAAGCUGCAGGGGCUGACAGUCAGGUGGAGUCACUGCCAUUUAAUGAGACCCAUAAACUCAAAGGAAAGAGUCCAGCACUUGCUGGCGCGGAUGCCGAGGCGGCGCAGUGGCUGGAACAUUCAUCAAGUGAAAAGCCAGAGGGCCUCGGAGCUAGAGGUGAACCUUUGGAAUCCUGGAGUAUGGAAGAAGGCCAUUCAUCUGCAGAAGGGGAAACGGGAGCGCAGACUGUGGGUGAACGUUCAUUCUCAGCAGAGAUUCCAAAUCUUCCUUUUGACGGCACGUCUGCUCCAGGUGCGGUCACAGCUGUACCUGGCACACGGAGCUUUCCGGAGAUGGACAGCAGCCCAGCUCUGGAAGGGGUCGUCGAGAAGGGCGCAGAUGAAUUUGGUGAGGCGGAGAGCUCUGGUGGAGCGCUCUCGGCGGGGGGAGUACGGGAGCAGGACCAAAGUGAAUUUCCGCUGGACUCGCCCGUGGGCCAGGCUCCGAUUUCCUCAGAUGUUGGGGGUGGAGCUGUUACCACGGUGAGGAGCAUGACCCAAUCGCAAGCGGGAGAGUCACACAGCACUGACACGAGAGAAGAGGCAGAAUCCACCUACGUCAAGGAGCAACCUCUACAGGAAGCGACACGGGAAGGUGUUAAACACCCCAUUCCCACGAUUGUGGUGAUUCCAACAGAACCUUUAGCGCCAGAGGACCCCAAGGUUGUUUCUGUGCCAGGGUGUGAGCACCAGGCUGCCGAUCUGAAAGCCUCAGCUCCCGGUGGCAUACCCGGCCCGCAUUCUGGCUCCGGCUCUGCUGACCUCUGGGAGGACGAGGCGGUGGACUCUGACGGUGACGACUGCAGCUCGGUGUCCAGCGUGGGCUCGGACCUCCAGGGGAGGAGGGGCUUAACCUCCAGCGCGCUGUCACUCUCAGGGCUGAGUUCGAGCACGCUCAGUGUGUACAGUGACGCAGGGGACUUCGGGAACCUGUCCGUCCAGGGGGCCGUGGAGUUCUCUCUCAGGUACAGCAGUGCGGGGGAGCUGGUCAUCACGGUCGCACAGUGCCAGGACCUGGCCUUCGCCAACACACGCAAACAGCGCACUGACCCGUACGUUAAGACCUACCUGCUUCCUGAUAAGUCCCGUCUAAGCAAAAGGAAGACCUCCAUCAAGAAACGCACAGUAAACCCAGUUUAUGGAGAAUCACUUAAAUACAAAAUCAAAAAGGAGGAGCUCCGGGAAAGAACGCUGAACCUGUCUGUGUGGCACAAUGAUUCCCGUGGGCGGAAUGUCUUUCUGGGACAGGUGGAGAUCGACCUGAGGACCUGGGACUGGGGACACGAGGCCCUGAACUGGUACAACCUGCUGCCCAAGAAUUCUGACACCCAGGAGUCAGCUGAAUGCCAUGGGUGGUUGACCGUCGCACUAAAAUAUGUGCCAGCCGGAUCCGCAGGUGGUGCUGGGUCUGGCUCCGGCGAGAUUCACGUUUGGCUGCGGGAGGCCCGGGACCUGCGUCGUCUGAAGCCCCAGGGCGUGGACUCCUUCGUAAAGUGCUACAUGCUGCCGGACACAAGCAGGAAGAGCCGGCAGAAGACGCGGGUGGUGAAGAGGUCCCAGCACCCUGUGUACAACCACGCCAUGGUGUACGACGGCUUCCGGCCCGGGGAGGUCCGCGAAGCCUGCUGCGAGCUGUCCAUCUGGGACCACAACACCCUGUCCAACCAGUUUCUGGGCGGAGUGCGGCUCAGUCUGGGGAAAGAUCAGAGUUAUGGCAAGAAGGUGGACUGGAUGGACUCGGUGAACCAGGAAGUUGAACUGUGGGAGAAAAUGUUGUCCAGCCCAAACACCUGGGUGCAGGAGGAAGUGCCCCUGAGGUCUUCAAUGACCCCCAGGAAGUAGGGGGGAGAAACCAUUUCUCGCAUCUCCAGGGUCCCAGCGUUUGUGCUCAGUGCCUGUGAGGUGUAGUGGACAGAGACGAUCUCAUAGUCAGAGGAUUACCAGUGUGGCACUGCUGUGCUGUCCUUGAGCAAGGUACUUCACCUGAAUCCCUUCUGUAAAUAUUAGAGUGUGUAUGUGAACAAUAUGAUCAUAGCACACUGUUAGCCUCCCUGGAUAAAAACAUCUGCUUAGUAAGAAUGUACUGUAAUGUACCACUCACAGGUUCAGGAGUCCCCAUAUUACUGAAUGAGAUUUUGUAUUCUAAAUAAUCCCUACUGCUGCUUCCUGGCAAACAUAUAUGGAUAGUGCGGACAGUAUCUGACCUUGCUAUAACUGGAACUUAGUAGAAUGUGUUUGUCUGCACAGAAAUUUUGCUGAGUAAUUUUCUAAUUGGUCUCAAGGAAAGCGUUCGUUUGAAUGUACCCAGGGCACAGCAACAAGCUGUUGAUUUAUUUCAGUGGUGUCUGAUAUUUGUAUGGUGCAUAUAACCAAAUUCUUUCCCUGUUUUUGUUUUCCAUAGAACCACUGUACGCACUCAUGGAGACACAUGUUGACUGUUUGUGAUAUUUUAGAGAAAAGCAUGCUGGACCAUUUGUUCCCAAAGCUGGGCAGUCAGAUCUGAACACAAGCUGACUCAAAAAUCUAAUUGUAACCGUGGUGGUGGGGGAAAAAAAGCCUUUUUCUGAGGUGAUCAAAAACCACUGUUAUUGAUGAGUGGAAAUAUCAUUAUACAGAUUACCAUGCAAGCUAGUGUCAAGGUUAGAGUAUGUGCAAUAAAUAAAUCAAUAUUGCAAUACAACAUUAUUCACCCAAAUGAACAGCAUUUACUGUGAUGCCUCAAGCUCACAGUCACAUUUCAUGAUUGAAUUUAACUGAAGGGAUGUUCGUUCAAGUGGAAAAAAAAAUGUUUGUGAUAAGAUGGUAUAAUAUAAAGUUACUUCUUAAAUAUUAAAGGUGGAACUUAUAUACGAAAUGUAGAUUCAGAAAAUCCUUUGCUCUGACGUCACAGAAGGACAGUGAGUGACAGAUGACCUAGCAAGUGCUGCGUAGUGCUCAUGCACCAAACGCCACUCCAAAAAUCAAUGGAUAAGCUAAUAAAUAAAUUACAAUUUCAUUAUAAGGGUGGUUUCUGACUAUAGAAGAGGACUGGCAGAAUAAUAACAAACAUAUUAUCCAAUAUGCCAGCAAAACAAAUUUGUAUGUUUUGGAAAAACAGAAAUGGAAUUUUACCUGGGGACUGUAAUAACAAUUUGUCAAAAACAUUUCCAGGUAAUGCCUGCAUUCUACCACUUACCCUGUAUUCCAGAGUAAUGUGGGUAAAUAGCAUUUUUAAAGAUUAAAUUUUGGGUGGGUGAAGACCAUCCUUGCUUUUGACCCAGUACGGCACUUCUUCUGUUUGUCCUUGAAUGUCCCUGGUUUUCAGACUGGAUAGUUUCAGAGCAGUCUGAUCCUCACUGGAAGGCAUUCCAUUCCAUAAUGAGAGAAUGCCGGAAUUAAGCAAUAUCCACAAUAGCAGGAUGGUUAUCUCAAAUCAUGUAAUACCUUUUUUAUGUAUUUUACUAAAAAUGGGCCCAAUUAACUGCCAAGCCUAACAACCGAUCUGUUCUUUUUAAAAUAUAUAAUAGAUCUCAGAAUGUUUCUUGAUAUCUUGAACAAGCCAAUUAAAUCACAAACCUUGAUUUUCAUUAUAACCUCCAACACAGUCACAGAUUUUAUGCCUUUUUUAAUUGCAUUGGGAAACAAGAUUCUCUCCACGGUAUUUUGUAAAUGUGGUAAAGGAGCCAUGACUAUACUGUACUAUUAAUGCCUUUUAUUUUGGGGGAAAAUAUUCAGUUAUUUUGUGGAAAAAAGGCUUUGGGGUGUUCUGUUUCAGUCAGGUGAUAUCUGACGAAAACUGCUGCAUAUUGACACAGUUGUGCUCAUGCACCAAUACAAAAAUAUAUAUCAAUACAAUAUAUCUCUCAAUGUGUCAUUUUCUUAUG